AUGUCCCAAGCCCACCGCCCAACAUGGAACCCAACGAUGGGCCGAGAGUCCAAGGCCGGCACGCAGCAAGUCGCAAAGCUCGCCCUGGCCUCGCACACCAAGCUGAAAUUCCGUCAACCGGGCCAAACGACUUCGAGCGACGUUGCGCGGCGCGACCUGCGCGCGGAGUUGGCUGCUGCUGAGCGGGUCGCAGAUGACAAGAAGCGCAAGGCAGCGGGACUGCCUCCAUUAGUGAUUGGGAAUGGGAAUGAUGACGGGGAGGACGAGGCGGCGGCGAAGCGCCGGAAGGUGCUGCAGGAGGCUGCGGAGUUGGAUCGCGACGAUUCGUCGGACGAGGACGAUGAGGACGGAGAGAAGGAUGAGGACGAUGAGGGCGACAGCGAUGAUGAUUCGGAUAGCGACGAUGACGACACUGCGGAGCUCAUGGCUGAGUUGGCGCGGAUCAAGGCUGAACGGGCCGAGGAGAAGGCUCGGUUGGAAGCAGAGGCGAACGAGGGCGCAGCCCGCGACCGCGACGAGGAAAUCGCGACGGGCAAUCCACUGCUCAACCUCCAAGCUGCUCUGGGCCAAACUCCAGCAGUAUCCUCAUCGUCCGCAGGCUUCGCGGUCAAGCGCCGCUGGGACGACGAUGUGAUUUUCAAGAACCAGGCGGUGACGCUCGACAAGCCCAAGAAGGGCGAGUUUGUCAACGACCUUUUGCGGUCCGAGUUCCACAAGAAGUUCAUGCAGAAGUUCAUCAAGUAG